UCGCAAGAGGGCGGAAAUGGCUUCGUGCAGGGAGCUCCAGGAGUAGUAAUGGCAGGGCCCGGGCGUGCAAGAGGCGCCCGUGCGGUGGGUCCUGGAGGCUCGGGACAGCCGCACGCGCGACGGCGGCAGCAGCAGGCGAAGGGACAGCAGCGCUUGGCCUCACGGCCAGGACAGCGCAGCAAAGAAAAGAAGAAAGUGAAUUGCAAGCCCAAGAAUCAAGAUGAGCAAGAAAUCCCUUUCCGACUCCGAGAGAUUAUGAGGAGCCGACAGGAGAUGAAAAAGCAGCUCAGCAACAAGAAGAGAAAGAAGGAGGCCCAGGCGGCUUUCAAGGAGACACUGGAAAAGGAAGCAAAGGGGGAAGAAGAGACAGACAUCGUUGUCCCCAAGUUCAAGCAGAGGAAGGGGGAGUCUGAAGUGGCCUACGUCCAACGCAUGGAACAGGAGGCCCAGCAUGUGCUGUUCCUUAGCAAGAACCAGGCCCCUCGGCAGCCAGAGGUGCAGGCAGCUCCCAAGAAGGAGAAGUCUGAACGGAAGAAAGCGUUCCAGAAGCGGCGCCUUGAAAAAGCCCAGAAGAAAAGGGAGGAAAGAGCAGUGGACAGGCUGGAGCAGGAGCUGCUGAAAGAUACUGUGGAGUUUGGAGAGGUUGUGCUACAGCCCCCGGAGCUGACGGUCCAGCCUAGACAGAGCAUUGGCAGAGAUGCGCCUGGCAAGAAGUCUCUAAUGUUAAAGAUGCUUUUGGGCACUGGUGGUGGGUCCCUGACUCCAGCUACCUCACUGGCCCGCCAGCGGAUUCUGGGGGAAGAGCGGGAACGGGCUGUGCAGGCUUACAGAGCCCUGAAGAAGCUGCAGCGACUGGAAGUGACAUCUGCACACCCGCUUGGCUGCUCUUCUCAGAGGAAGCUGCAGACUUGUCUGUGACUCAGAGACCCAGGGGACCAAUGCGCUGGAAACUGGCCCGCUAGCUGCUAGACCUGGCAGAGGGAAAGACAGCAGAUGCUUGUCUCUGGAUAGGGGCUUGAACAGUAUGGGGGUGGGGGUGCUUUUCUUUCCCUGUCCCCUGAAGGUUAUCCUUUUAAAAGUGACCACCAGUGAAUCCCACCUCAUAAAGGGCAAGUUCCCCCAGCACUUGCCUGAGACACAGAUGGAGGGGGCUAGUGUUUUCCUGAGCCUGGCUUCAUUCUGAAGCAAGUCUCAGGAAGACAAGUCAGGACUACUGUACAAAGGACUCAAUCCCUUAAUGCAGCUGAUUACUGAAGCUGCUGUUGUAGGUCAGCCUGCUGUCUUAAGAGGUUCCUAUGGGUUCAGUGCCAUGCAAGGCAGGGUAACAGUACAGUGGGAACAGAUGUACCCAGUGCAGGUGUAUCAAUCCUUGUUUGCCUGCAGGGGUGUGUACAGAGGCCAGAGUACCCAUCUAGGUUUGGUUUGGAUAGAGAUGGGGUGUCAGUACUGGCUGAACGCCUUGAGGUAUAAACACCAGACUUCAGUGAUAGGAAGGGCAGAGUGGUUAUACCGAGAGAGUAGAAAAAGGUCCAUGUCCUGCGUAGCAGGCCUCUGGGAAAUAGGGGCAGGCCUUCGGAGAGGACCAGGGAUGGAAUCUGUUUGAAUGUGUCUCCCAUAGUAUUAAAGGAGGGAGGACCUGAUGCUGGCUCACAAUAGUGAAACCUUGAAACUUUCCAAACCUUGGGAGUGCGGUCCUGCCCUAGAAUCCUGGCACCUAGGACGUAGAAGCAAAAUAAUUGGGUGUUCAAAGCCAGUCAUGACUACAUGAGACCAUGUUUCAAAAAACAAAAACCGCCCUCAUGUUGACAUCAAAAGAGCUAUGCUUGGGCCUUGCUUCUUCUGGCAGACCUAGGGGCAUCUCUCAUAGUUGUAAAAGGAGACUGCUCGUUCGUUUCCCAGCUGCCCAGACCCAAAUAAUCACACAGAAACUAUAUUAAUUACAACACUGUAAUAAAUAAAUAAAUAAAUAAAAAAUAAAAUUAAAAAAAAGAAAAAAAUAAUUACAACACUGU